AUGAAUGCACAGAAGGCACGCGUUGCAUGUAUGUCAAAUAAGUUUAAAAACAUAAGAGAAAUAGGAGAGGAUACAUAUCAAGUGAUGCUCAAAGAUAGAUUUUAUAGAUGUGAAACAUGUUUACAAGAGGCAUUCUUUACUUUAGAUAAUGCUAAAUACUGGUAUUUGGUUUUCAUUUAUGAUUUUAUGUAUAAAUGUAUGGAUGUUAAUCGUUUUCAUUUCAUUGAAGGUGAUACUGAUUCAUCUUAUUGGGCUAUUGCUGGCGAUCCAAAUCUUCCUAACACUCAAGCAUUUCAAGCAAUUGUUACCGAUAAACAAUUUUAUGAUAAAAACAUUUUCAAAUUCGCACCAUUUGAUUUCUUCUGUUUUGAUGAGAAAUUUAAACCUAAAUUAAAGAAUAAAGUUGAAGAAAAAGCACAUGAGAAGAAGUUAUUGGGUUUAGCAAUUGAGAAACAAGGUGAUAACAUGGUUGCUUUAUGCCCCAAGUGUUAUACAUCAUUCAACGGUUCAAUUGAUGGAAGUGAUUUUAAAAAGAUUGCGCAAAAAAUGAAAGGAGUUAGUUUACGACAAAAUAAACAAUUAACACCUGAAAAUUAUUUGGAUAUAAUAAAUGAUAAAGUGAUAUUUGAUGGUCAGAAUAUUAAUUUACAACUUAAAAACGGAUUAAUGACUCGCUUAACAAUCGGUAAGACUGCAUUAACAGGAGCACACACUAAGGCUGUAUGUUGUGAAAAUGGAUGUUGUAUGCCAUUUAUUUAA